CCAAUAAUAAUUGUGAUUGUGUAAUAGACUACUUUUUAAUGAUUUUCUAUUCCAUUUGGCAUCAAAAGAAAGUUAAGUUAACAAGUGUGCUUGCUUUUAAUAUUGAAACAUUGUGAAUUUUGGAAAGUUAGAUCACAAUUAUAGUUUUGUAACAUAAAUACAUUAAAAGACAUCCAUUGAAUAUCAUUGUAUGAUCAAUCUCUGUUGGUUUUUACAAAAAAAUGGAAAAUGGUCUAUUUAGCAGCUUAGUUAAAACAGAAGUGUCUAGAAAUGAAUUGGCUUCUGAUGAAUUUAUUUCUAAAUGUUGUGGUGAAAUAAGCUAUAAUAUUGGAAGUGAUUGGUUGCGAUGGGGAAGACACCUCGGUCUAAGUGAUUCAGAUCUUGAUAACAUUGACUCUGAUAAUACAAAAUGUUAUGAAAAAGCUGAUAAUAUUUUUAAAAAAUGGAAACAAAAAAUUGGAAAUCCUUCAUGGGAGCAAUUAAAAAAAGAAUUAAUGGCUUUUAAUCGAUUAGAUAUUGUGAUUAAAAUUGAAACAAAAUUUGGAGAGAUUUCAAGUUCACCAAACAAAGAUUUCACUGUUUUUUCCAAUAAAGAUUCUUCAAAUACACCUGAUAUUGCUAGCAAAAUUUAUGUCAAGAAAGAUAUAUCAGAGAUUUGCGCAGCACUGAAAAACUAUUAUCUUGUAAAUUAUGGGAAAAUAAAUGAAGUUCAACCACUUCUAAAAACACCUGCAAAUGUUGAUCUGAUAAAUACUUUUGUUGAUCUUUGUAUUGUUGAUGCAGUGAAUACUCAAUUGGAUUUUGUUUUCAGUGUUGAACGAAAAAAAUUUCUUGAAAAGCAAAAGAGUUAUACACCAAUUCCAUAUAGUGAAAUAUUUAUGAAAGAAAAAUCAGUAAUACUAAUAUCUGGAAUAGCUGGUAUUGGGAAAACAUGGUUGCUCAGAAAAUGUUUACUUGAUUGGUCAAAUAAUUUAAUUUGGAAAAAUGUUGAACUUGUUUUUUAUUUAGAAUGCAGGAGACUUAAUCAACAUCAAAAUAUUUCUAAUAUUAAUGAUUUAUUAAAUGUUUUCUACAAUGAUAUUUUAAACGAUUUUAAUAUUAGUAAUCAUACUGCACUGUUUAUCAUUGACGGAUUAGAUGAGUUUUUAUAUUUCAAUGAAUUAUUAAAUCCAAGUUUUAACUACCCAGUUGUUAAUACUUUAACAGAUAUUAAAAAAUAUAAACAUGUAAUUGCUGGUAGAGUUUAUGCAAUUGAUCAAUACCAAAGUAAAUAUACAGAGCAUAGUGAUAAGUCAAUUAUUCAAAUAAUGGGUUUUAAUGAAAAUGGAAUCAACAAUUAUAUAGAAAACCAUGUUAAAGAGGAAAAAAAAGAAGUUAUAAAAACAACUUUAAAGGAUUCGCCUAUUGCAAAAGCCAUGGCAUCUGUUCCAUUUUAUUUAUCUUCAAUGUGUAAAAUUAUUAGUGAUUCAAAUAAAAUAUAUACAAAUUCAUUCUUAACUAUGACUGAUUUGUAUGCAAAUAUUUUUUUAUACUUUUUGCAAAAACACAUCAUGAAAAAUGAUAAACUGAUAUAUGAGAUAAUGGAAGACAGUUUUAAUAAAAGAUAUAUUUUAAAUAUUUGUAAAAUUGCUUAUGAGUUGUUUAUUAAAAAUAAUAUAAUAUUUUCCAAAAAAGAUAUUGAAUAUUUUAUCAGCGACUUUGAUCAAAAUGAUGGUAAUCUUUUUGGAUUUAUCGAAAAAGUUGAGACAAAUGUAGGCUGUUAUUAUCAAUUUGCGCAUUUGACAAUAAUGGAGUUUUGUGUAUCUGUAUAUGCAUAUAAUUGUUUAAGUCGUAAAAAAAUUAUGGCUAAUGAAAAGCUAAGAAGUUGUUUAUCAAUGAUUUGUGGAUUAACUAACAAUAAAAGCCAAAAUAGUUUAUUAAAGUUUCUUGUUAACCUAAAUCCUUCAAAUGAAUCUUUACCUUGGUUUUCUAUUUUUGGAAGUUUGUUCUCUGGGUACAGAACGAUUGGUUGUACUGGAAUAAUAUGGAUUUUAGAUCGUCUAAGUAAAAGUGAUUACAGAAAAGAUUACGAUUUAUUCAUUGAAUGUUUUUAUGAAAGUCAAUCAUCAUUUGAUGAUGAAAUAAAAUCAAUUGUUGAUAAACGAGAUAAGUGGAGUAUUUUGAUUUACGAUGAAAAAACUUCUUACUUUACUUCUUGCGAAAAUUAUUUCAUAAAUCAUUACGUAAAAUCUGGAAGAAAGUUAUCGGGGUUACUUGUUAAUAAAAAUAUUUUAAGUGAUGAAGAAAAAAAACUUUUAAUACAAUGUUCAACUAAUGUUUGCAAUGUCUACUUUUUACGUCCAAUUAAUUUCGAAGGUUGGAAACCGAAAGAUAAGAUUGAAAUGUUGAGGUUAUGGAUCUCGAAAUAUUUAAUAACAAAAAAAGAUUUUGAAGAAAAUUUUCUUCCGUGGAUUAAUCUUUGUAAAGAAUUAUAUCUUUCACUUCACUACGACGUUGAUUUUGAUAAAGAAUUUUAUGAAUGGAUUCGUUGUUCGAAUGUCAAAGAGUUUGAGAUCGAGUACCGUGGAAAAUAUUUUGAUAACCUCGAUGAAUUAAAAAACUUUACAACACGAUAAAAUAUUUAAUACCUUAAAUAUAUUAAA